GGCUUUCUUUUUCUAUUUGCAUUAAUAAUAAAAUAUAACAAGAGCUAUAAAACGAGUAAAGAGUCUGCCUUUCUACAAUCCAUUUGCAAUUACGCACUAUUCAAUCGAGUUUUAAGUUUAUCAAUUGCCAUAGUCUUCGUUCAUACUUUCAAAAGCACGGCAGCCACCGUUUAGUUGCGUUUAGUUUAUUGUUUACAUUACAAUUUUAGUAAUUUUAUAGAAAUGGUGAACUAUUGUUGUGUACAAGGAUGCGGUCGCAAUAGCAGAUUACACAAACAUUUAAAUUUCUACAACUUGCCUAAAGAAAGACAUCGGCAGAUAGAGUGGCUGAAGGCGGCUCGAAGGGAGGACUUAAUAAAGAAAAUUGAAGAUAAAAUUGUCUCGCCACGUUUCUGUUCUCGCCAUUUCCCUCCAGCGAGUAUUAAAAAUCGAAAUCUGAGUCCUGAGGCAGUGCCCACUCUAUAUCUUCCCGGUAGCUGGGAUUGUGAUGAUUUUGAACCGAACCCACCGGUGCAUAUUGAUAUAAUCUGUGACAACUGUAGCAAGCCUAUAACCGGUUUCCGCUACAAAUGUGUCAAUUGUGAUGACUAUGAUUUGUGCCAGAAAUGUGAGAUGUUGGAGGCACACUCACAUCAUUUCAUGUUACGGUUGCCGAAGCCUCUGAAAUUCAAACUAGCAGACAAUCUAAUAAAGAAAUGGAGACAUCUCUUCAAGAAAGCACAUGUAACACCUAGUUCACAGGACAAUUUAGAAGAUGAUGUGUCUAGUGAUGAUGAACCUAUAACAAAAUAUGCAAACAACUAUGACAGCGGGAUUGAUUUGUCUGAAGAUGUUAAAUUAAAAAUACGAAAAGAAAUACAUCGGACUUUAAAACUUCAUCCUGAAAAUGUUCAAAACAAAAAUGCAUUGUCUAGUAAGAAGAGGAGUAACAAUGAUAUUGAACAUUGUAAUAAACGACAGGCAUUGGAAGGAACUUUGGAUAGUGAAGGGGAAUAUCUUAUUGUUGGCAAUAACGCUCCUGAUGUAGUGUUUGCGGAUGUGAAUGAAAUAAAAGAUGAAGAAAUAGUUGAAACAAAUAAUGAAGUGUCAACAUCUUUUGCUUCUAUGUUGCCAAAUAAUGAUUCUCCCGUUGUGCUGGUACAAAUAAGUGACGAUAUAUCUCAAUUAAUGAUUUUAAAUUAAUCUAACUUUCAACAACAGAAACCAUUGUAAUUUUGAGAAAUAGAUUACAAAGUGUAUGUAAUAUUACAAUUAUGGCAUACCAGCGCAGUUUUCUGUUGCGGUU